UAUGUACGAUUCAUUAGCGCGGAUAAGAAGAAAACUGUUGAUAAAAACUAAAGUUUUUUCAUUAAAUAACCAACAUGUCUGCAGUAAGAGUAUUUAUAUAUGUCACUUUUUAUUAUUCUGUGAAUUAUAUAGAAACGAGUUACGUUGAUAGUACUGAGAAAUUCGACCUCACAUACCCACCAACUAACACAUUCACACCAACUUUCUAUGAAGAUAUGACACCGGUGAUAGCCAAUUUGACAGGACCAACGUCAGCUGAAUAUCCCGAAACCACAGAGUCGCCUAAAAACGAUUCUAUUUGGAACGUGUCCUGGUACAUUCCACCACACAGACGUGGAAGAACACCAAUGCCCUACUUUAAAUUCGAAGGUGUGGAAUAUAACGAACUACCUGAAGGCCAUUUGUAUGAAAAUAACAAUGAUUGUGAUUCUUACCACAACCAGUGCAUAAGAGACGAACCUUUUCAUCAACCUGUAUGCGCAUACGACACGGAUUGGAAUUAUUGGUACGAAUUCUUCAGCAUCUGUCAGGUUGAAUUGGAAAACUGCUGGUAUAAAUUUCUGCAAAGUAUCAAAAUGCGUGAACAGACUAGACCAUUAGAGAGAUAUUAUUUCGCCGGCGAAGGUUACGACUGCUUGACCUUCGCCAGAAUGGGGAAGAUGGAGGAAGCCUAUUUCGACCCAAAGAGGAACACCAGGAGAUCGGCAUCCGAAUUGAUGGAAAUGCAAAAUUAUGUCAAACAACAAAUCAAGAUUAAAGGCCCGGCCAAACUCUUGAAACACCAUUCUAUGAAGUCAAUCGCGAAUGUUUUAAAUGCUUAUAAGUUGGCUUGCCCCCUUUAGGAAUUUUUGAUGUAAACAUGGCAAUAUUCAAUGCACUUUCAAGUCAUCAAAAUCUAUUUAAAUUGGAUGAUGUCCGUAUUGGUAGAUACUAGCUUUUAUCCGCGGCUUUGCCCUUGUGAAUUUUCUACGGGACCAUUUAUUUUCGGGAUGAAGGUACUCUAUGGCCUUCAACGGUGAAGGACUUUUCAAAUUCAAAUUCAAAAUUCUUUAUUCAAUUUAGGAUGAUAUACAUCACUUAUUGACAUCAAAAAUUACUUAAACUAAGUCUACUGCCGGCUUCCAAAGCGCAGGUGAAGAAGAAGCGGCGCAACAAACUUCACCGCAGCCAUUUCUCCAAGGACGUCAAUUAACAAAUAUAGGUCUUAUACAUAUAUUAAAAAUUAGGAGGACGAAUUUACAUCAUUAUUAAAAAUGUCAAAAUUUGAAUGAAUAAAUAAAAUAAAAGUUGAAUUUUCAACUUCAAACUACAUAUAUGUAAAAUUUCAUUAAGAUCGGUUUAGUAGCUAUGUGAUGUGAAGAGGUAACAAACAAACUUACAUUAUAUAGCAUUUAUAAUAUAGACCAGACAUGAUGCAUGUAUCAUCAUGAAUAUAAUAUGGCAGAACAUGUUAACAUUAAACAUAAUUUGCAAAUUUUCAUCUUGAGUUUGUCCCGAGUCAAUUUAUAAGCAGUCAAACUUUAUGGGCAGACACUUGACGAUGUCAUUAUAAGGAUGUACAAUUAUAGGACAUAUUAGGUAUGUUUAUGAGAUAAAAAUGUAAUAGUAUGUAUAAUCAAAUCCAAAUUUAUACGAUAUGAUACCUUUUUAAGAUAUAUAAUAGAAGGAAAGGUAGAAGUGGUCCAGGAAGGCCAAGAGAUAGUUACACCAGGCAAUUAAAAGAAAAAGUGGGCGUAGGGUAUCGAGAAGCGAAGCAAUUAGCUACGAAGAGGGAGCAAUGGAAGGAACUCCUCCGACAAGAGCCUCGCUCUCAAAUUACAUGAAAAUGAUGCAUAUUGUUGUAUAUAUGUCAUUAAAAACACUGAUAUGCUAAUCACAACUAGCAUGGACGUGUUAAGCUGAGAUCUGAAGGCCUACCACGAAACUCACAAACAUGUAACACGUUACUAAAGUCCGCCCACAAGCUGUAUAUUAUUCCCAUAUCGAGCACACAUCGUGCAAUUAAAAAGAGAACGUGUGACGCGUUUUAGGUUUCAUAGUAGCCCGGGUGACUUUAUACUGUUUGUCUAGAGACGACGAAGCAGACUAUACUUUGAAUACUUGUCAAUCGGGGUAUCUGGAUAGCUGAGGAAGAAACCGAAGAACCGCUCAGAUGACAGAGAGAUGUGAUAUAGUAUACUACUGAUCUAUCUCAUUCCUGCAGCCUGCUCGUGUGGACCGAACAUAUUUAUAUGUUAAUACUUUAAUAUAGCGUUAUGAGGUUGAGUUAUGUGGGCCAUCCAGCGCAUUAUACUGUGCAUAAUAAUGUGGGAAACUAUGCUAAGUUUGUGGGUUUGUCCCAUUUUUGUCUUCUGUCGUCCCAAGGCUGCAAGUCCUUCACAUUGUUUGUUUGAAAUUUGAAAUUAGUUCAGGGGUAAUUCAAAGGCAACGGAGAAGUUAUCCCAUGACGGGAUACAAUACAAUACAAUUCUUAAUUGCACAAAUUCAUUACAUAGUAUACUUAAGUACAAAAUGUAUAAUCACACAUAGUAUGACAUUGUGGUAUAGAUACAUUACGCAAUAGGCGGCUUAACUUAAAGGAUAUCUUCCAGUCAACCGGGAAUCGAAAAAACUUUGUUUUUUGUUUUAAUUCAUUUUAAAAAUAAAAACCAUGAUAUUAGUUAACGACU